AUUCAAAUUUUGUGAUCCAUGGUUUAAUAUACACAAAAUUAAUACAUGAGAAGACUUCCCCUAGAAGACUUCUGGAACACUUUGAUUUAAGCGAGAAACCUAAGUUCUUAUAAAUUUAGGCAGAAACCCUAAAUUCUAUUAAAAUUUAGGUGAGAUAUGUAAGAAGACUUCUUAGGAAGUCUUUUGUGAGUCUUCCAGACCUUAUAAUCAAAUAAUUUAACAAAAAAAAAUACUUCCUUAAACUUUUAAGAUACUUAGAAAAUAUUUAAAUCAAGUUAUUUGAUAUUCAUAUUUAUAGUAGAAGAAAUCAUCGCACAGUAAUUGCGAAUAAGGUGGAAGAGAAAAUAGAGAAGAUAAAAUCUGAGAAUCUGCAAACAAAAGAUAUUGCAUUAUGGAAGAAUAUUACUCAAGAGUUACAAGUCUUCUUUCUCAUCAAAAAACAUUUGACUGAUGAUCCGAAAGGAAUACAUAAUGCAAGGAUGGAAUAAAGCUGUCUGGUUCAAACAUGCAACGCUAAAAUAUGUGUUUCAUGCUUGGACGGCAAUGCAUGAUACAUUGUUGACAUGUGACGGAAUGUUGAAAUGGAAUCAUGCUAUUGACCCUAUAUGUGUGAUGUGUAAACAAGAAGUGGAGACAAUAAAUCCUUUGUUCUACUCCUGCUCUUUUUCGAGUCAGAUAUGACAAAAGCUGAUGAGGGAUUCCUAAGCUUAUUGGUUACAGUGAUAGCAGCCACAACGUUGACAUGGAUGAUGGGAGAAGCACUGCAGGUCACAUCUUCUAUCUAGGCAAAAGUCUGAUCACGUGGAACUCAAGUAAGCAAGAUACGGUUGCUCUCUGUCUUCAUGUGAAGCCAAAUUCAUGGCUGGACAGAGGCUGCAAAGCAGGCCAUAUGGUUGCAAGAACUACUGAGCGAAGUCACAAAGCAACCUAUUGAGAAAGUGCUGAUCAGAAUCGACAACCAGUCUACGAUUGCUCUCACCAAGAACCAUGUGUUCCAUGGCAGAAGUAAACACAUUCACAGGCGAUACCACUUCAUCCGAGAGUGUAUUGAAAGGGGGCAAGUCGAUGUAGAGCAUGUCUCAGGCGAGUUACAAAAGGCUGACAUCCUAACCAAAGCACUAGGAAGGAUUAAGUUUAAAGGAAUGAGGGAGCUCAUCGGGAUGCAAGACAUUUCAAGAGAAAGUUUCAAGCUUAAGGGGGAGACUGUUGGAUUAAGCUUGAAAGAAAAGGAAACUUGAGUUAGAAGUUAUUUCCUAAUCCUACCGAAUUAUGGAAGAUAGGAAUACUAAUGUUUAGGAGUUAUCUAAACAUUUAGGAGUCAUCUAAAAGUAUUACCUAUUAGGAUUAGGAAUUAUAAAUCUCUAUAUAAGAAGAUGCAAGUGUGUUGCAUAGCUUAAGGGUUUAUAGAUUGAGCUUAAAUUUUGAGUUAUUUUCUUAAGCAUUAAUAAAGUGAGUUAUACUUUACAAUCUUUGAAUUCUAGAGGUACGUAUACGAGAAUGCAUUUUGACUACAUUAUUCAAUUUUCGUGAGAGAAUUUCGAUCAACCAGGCACGUCUCACAAAUUCCUCGCAAACCCACCACAAAUGUGUGAGGAUGUUGUGAUAAACCAAGAGUAACAUGCAAAUCCAUCGCAAAUUUUCUAGCGAUUUGCAAAGAUAUAUUUUUAUCUAGCAAUUCCUGUGACGCAAAUUUUUGAGGAGAAUUUUUCUCACAAAUUAUCCUCGCAAAUCGACAUUUUUUGUAGUGUAAGUUUCUUUUUAAAAUAUGAUAGUAACUAUUAUUUCACUUCAGCUUGGCUAAAAAUCACCAACGGAGUGCUGCCUUCCGUUAAAAGUUAGCAUAUAGUAUGGAUUGGACGAAUAACAUACAAUUUUUUCAACUAAUAAAACCAAAAAUGUAUAGAAACUGACUAGUUAAAUACCAUGACCCUUUACUUUUUGCAACCAACGUGAAGAACGGUUAGUUACUUAUCUUUUUUUUUUUUUUUGAUAAAGAGUUAGUUACAUAUCUUUGUUACCUACAUGGCUGCAUACAGUCCAUUAUUUUUUUAUUGUAUUUAGUUAACAAAGAUAAAGUCCAAUAUUUGGUGCAAGUUGCAACUCUCGAAUUGGCCAUUAAAUAACACAUCUAAAUUUCCAAUGGAUGGCAGAGGUAGAUGGCAAGCGAGUGAGCGAUUAAUGUUAAAGCUACUUGGUUUGCUCGUACUUUUUUUACUGUGUUGCAUCUUACUCUUUUUUUGCUGUGUUGCCUCUUACUUUUCUUACUUUCUUGGCUCGUACAACUGAUAUAUUCAUUGACUUUUACUCUUUGCAUUAGACGUGAAGAAUGGUAUUUGAGUCAAGCAGCGUGGUGGAUUUAUCUUUGAGGAUCCCAAUAAGUCUAAUUGUUUUGUAUAUAAAGAGGUGACUAUGAAACCAUUUAACAAUCACAGUUUCUUUUACAAAAAAAAAACAAUCACAGUUUCCCGUUUUUAUCCUUUUCUUUUUCUCAUUUCAUUACUGAUUUUCAACUAAUUUACAUUGUUUUAAAGAACGAGUGCAGUUUGAUCCCAAAAAAGAAGAAGCUACGACUGCAAAAAGCUCUUGGAAUUCAAUGAGUACCUUUCCUAUUACUCUUUCUUUGCUCUUAUUUAUUUUUAAUUCUCAGAAACUAUUUCCGGCUGCUACAAGAAUCUUGUGUCGUCCAGAUCAAAGAGAUGCACUUCUAGAGUUCAAAAACGAGUUUGAGAUUGGCAAACCUUCUCCUUUCUGUACCAUUGCUCAUCCGAAGACAUUGUCAUGGGUGAAUAACAGUGAUUGUUGUUAUUGGGAUGGUAUCACGUGUGAUGCUAAAUCUGGGGAAGUUAUUAAGCUAGACCUAAGUUGCAGCAGCGUCCGUGGCCGGUUUCAUUCUGAUAGCAAGCUUUUAAAGGUUCAAAGCCUUCGUAUUCUCGACCUUUCACAUAACAAUUUCAGUGGCCAAAUCCCAUUUUCAAUUCAAAAAUUGUCUCAUCUUACCAGUCUCAAUGUUUCCAGAAAUUCUUUUAGUCGUUGCAUUCCUUCGUCCAUUGGAGACAUUCCUAAUCUCACUUUUUUAGACCUUUCCCGUAACAAAUUUGUUAGUAAAAUCCCAUCUUCACUUGGAAGUCUACUGCAUCUUACCUCUCUGGACCUCUCAAAUAAUAGUUUUUUUGGAGAAAUCCCAUUUUCAUUUGGAAAUCUCUCUAAUCUCAUUUCUCUUAACCUCUUUGAUAAUAACUUUGAGGGUAAACUUCCAUCUUCACUUGGAAAUCUUUCUUAUCUCAAGUUUCUUGACCUCUCUGUUAACAAUAUUGUUGGUGAAAUCCCAUCUUCACUUGGAAAUCUUACUCAUCUUGCUUUUUUCUACCUCCAUUUUAAUAAUUUUUCUGGUAAUAUUCCAUCUUCACUUGGAAAUAUUUCUCAUCUUACUGCUCUCACCCUCUCUUUUAACUAUUUUGUUGGUGAAAUCCCAUCCUCACUUGGAAACCUUUCUUAUCUCAAAAAUCUCAUUCUUUCUCAUAACAGUUUUGUUGGUGAAAUUCCGCCUUCUUUUGGCAGCUUGAGCCACUUGGCCUUCUUAAAUGUUGAGUCCAAUAACCUUAGUGGUAGCUUCCCUCUUGAACUACUAAAUCUGACAAAAUUGUCUAUUUUAUUCCUCUCCAACAAUCGGUUUUCAGGCAUUCUUCCUUCUUCUUUCAACAACACUCUUGAUUUUUCUAAUACAUCUCUGUCAUCUAAGCUACGAGAGUUAUACAUAGACAAUAACAACUUCAUAGGACCAAUACCCAUAUCCAUUUUCCAAUCGGUCAGCCUCGUGAGAGUCCACCUUGGUAACAAUCACCUCAGUGGAAAACUUUCUGAAAUAUUUUUCAAUGGCAGCAACCUAAGGUCCCUCCAUCUUGGUCAUAACCAAUUAGUGGGAAAACUUCCGAGAUCUUUGUCUAGCUGUUCUUCUUUGGAGGUUCUAAACUUAGAACACAACAGAAUUAAUGACACAUUUCCAUUUUGGUUGGAAUCCUUAAGAAAUCUACAAGUGCUGGUCCUCCACUCUAAUGAAUUCCACGGGGUGUUACAAUAUCAUCCCAACGUUACUCCUUCGUUCUCUCAGUUGCGAAUAAUUGACAUAUCAUAUAAUUCCUUCACUGGAACUUUACCAUCUAAUUUUUUCAUGUAUUGGAGCGCGAUUUUCUCAAAGGGAAACCAUUCAGAACUGAAUUACGUUGGAGAUCGUUCCUAUGAUCAAGACUCGUUGGCUUUGAUGAAUAAAGGACUAAAGAUGAAGUACAGAAGGAUUCUCACACUCUUAACGGCCAUUGAUAUUUCAGAAAAUAGGCUCGAAGGAAACAUCCCUAAAUCCAUUGGCCAAGUGAAGAAUCUUAUUGUGCUCAAUCUGUCAAGCAAUGGUUUCAGUGGACACAUUCCUUCAUCUUUGGCAAAUCUGACUACACUCGAGUCUCUAGACUUGUCCAAUAAUAAACUUUCAGGCCAAAUUCCUCCUUCUCUUGGAGACCUAACAAGCCUUUCAAACAUUACGGUUUCCCACAACCAGCUUGUUGGUCAGAUACCUCAAAGCACGCAGUUUCAGACUCAAGAUGCUUCAUCUUUUGAAGAUAACAUGGGACUUUGCGGUCGCCCUCUCAGUAUAACAUGUGGAGACAUAGACACAGAGAUAUCAGAAGAACCCGAAACAGAAGAAGAAGAAGAAGAAGAAGAGCAAGCAGUAUUGAGCUGGACUGCAGCUGUCAUUGGCUUAGCACCUGGAAUCAUCUUUGGAUUGAUUAUUGGGAACUUUGUGACUUUACAAAAGCCUCAAUGGCUCAUGUAGAUAUCUGGUGGUAUGUUGAAUCUCCAACCAACAAUUCUUUUUCUGCAAACCCUACAAAUGAAUUGUAACUGUUUCCCAUAUCCCUAUUUAUUUACAAAAUCAGUUUUCCUUUGUAAAUGGUGUUUUGAUCUCGGCGGCUUGCAUGGAUCUGUCGCGAAUAAAUCAUCAUAUCCAACACAGUGAGGACCGUGGAUAUAAUACCUAGAAGAAAUUAUGUAAUGCUUUAAAUAAACUUUUAGUUACUUAAUUCGUGGUUUUUUUUUUUUGUAACUGGCGUGCUGUAUUUUAUCUGUAUCAGCAAUUUCUUUUUUUUUUGGUUUAAGAACAUUUAUCACUAAUCCAAGAGACAUAAGUUUAUUCUGAUCUUGUUAUUUUUAGAAAGCGUGAUAGGAAGACUAAAUAGGCUUAUGUCUUUCUUCUUUCUUUAAAAAAAAAAAAACUCAACAGGCUUGCUUAUGUCUUUUCUUCUUUCUUUUUUUCCUUUUAAGGGUAAACGACCUAUUUCUACACCAUAACUAUCAUAUAGUAACAGAUCCACACAAACUUUACACCUAUUCCCAAUUCCACACAAUUUAAGUAAGUAAACCUAUUUCUCCCCAAACCGAAAGUUCAAAAUCCGACUCCCCCUAGACGAAUACUUGAUUUGGUUUUAAUGGUUUAGAACCUAAACCACACGUAAACAGAGGACCGAACCAAUUUUAAAACCCGACCAACCCUCCUAUCCAACUACAUACCCAACCAACACCUACUAUAGGUUAAAAAAAUCGAUUUCAGUUUUCCUAAGAACCCUAAAUCGAAAAAUCAAAAAUCUUCUCAUCCAUUUCUCUUUCUCACACACCCUGAGACAAUGAGUAAUGAGUCUGGAGCUAAGAAUUAAGAAACCUCAUUCCAUUCCAGGCUAACAUCAGUUCAUGAAUCAUCCAUGUUUGAUUUCUGAAAAAAAGAAAAAAAAAACAAAAUCAACAGAGAGAUCAGAGAGUUUGGAAAUUACAUGUUGUCGUCCUCCCUACACUCUUGUCGUCGAUUCUUUAGGGAGAGAGACACACAGAUUUUUUAAUUUGGGGAUUUAGGGCUUAUGGUUUUAAUUUUGGGUUAAUCCGGUUUACAUUUCUAAUCGGGUCGUAAUCGGAUCAUGUUAGGUUUAAUUAGGUUAGACAUUGGUUUAUUUUUAAAACACAUAAUACUAAACCUACUUUAAGUCAGAAAUCUGUUGGUAUUAGUUUGUUCUUCAAACUUCAGGGGGAGUCGGGUUUUAAACUUUCAGUUUAGGGAGAAAUAGGUUUACGUACUUAAAUUGUGUGGAUUUGGGGGUAAGUGUAAAGUUUGUGUGGAUCUGUUACUAUACGAUAGUUCUGGUGUAAAAAUAAGUCGUUUACCCUUUUUUUAAAAGGAAAAAUUUAAUUAAAACAAUAUCCAAGUUUGAAUUAUUUUGAAUUUUGUUGAUAUCUAAAUAUAUUUGUAUUUUUUUGAGUUAAUAAGUUAUAGUCAUCAAUUUAAUUUAUUUAAUAUGUUAAACAUUAAAAAUUAAAACAAGAUUACUGCAUAAGAUCAAAAGAUAUUUUGUUUAUCAAAAUCACUAAAAUUUCAUACAUAUAAAAAUCACAAACUUAAAUAAGUUUUUCUAAACUGUAUCUAUUAAAGCAGAACCAAAAAAAUCUUAUGUUGUCAUUAAAGAAGAUAUUUUAGAUCCAUCAAAAGUCAACUAUUUAAGGGGAAUUUGCCAAAACUAACCCACAACUUGACUUUAACCCUAAACCUAUACCCAAACUUGAAUCAAAUGCAAAACUAACCUAAAAGUCUUGUGAAGUUACAGCCCAGCCCCUCGUGACCAAACAAAAAAACAGAAGCUAUUUUUACGAAUAUAACCCUAGUAAGUCGUCUGAAUCGUCUGGACAACUUCAAAGUGAGUCUUCUGGUGUAGCUGAUCUUAAAAAUAAUUUAUAAAAAUUUUAAAAAACAUUUUGAUAAGCGAAAAAUUAAAAUCAUGUAAUUAUA